AUGAACAACAACGCCCGCCGCAGGAUGGUCGUGCAGAAGUUCAACAAUCGGCCGCCGUUCCAAGCCAAGUUGAAGGAGAACGCGACGGCGGCCGGCAAGAACUACAAGAAGACCUUCGAGAACAUCGAGGAGUCCUACAGGACGAUCAUGAGCCACUUGAAUUCGAUCGACGACGAGGAGGAGACGAUGGAGGAGCCGGAGCCCCAUUACCCGAAGAACCCCGCCAGACCUAAAGUUAUAGUGAAUUCGAGCGCUAUACCGAAGGUGUUGGAUAGGUUUCAAAGGGCAGCGCCCAAGCGACAGCCGACGGUGUUGAGGAGCAAUAAUCCUACUCGGAAAAUCGUGAAAAACGAUGAGAAAAUUACGAAGGAAACCGCCCUAUCAUCGUCCGAAGAAAACGACAAAUUCGGCCUGCAAACCUUGUACCGAAACAAAAACAUGGAUUUCGGCAAGAACGUUUCGAACCAUCGCACGAUGAAGAACCUCCUGCAAACCUACGACGAACCUCUAAAGGAAUACUCGAGCGUGCAAAAAGCAUCCCACCACAGAUUCGACAAGGCCACCAGCACCUCGGACAUCCCCUUCGACACCCGCUACCACAAAACCUACAGGAAACCCCGGGGAUCCAAGCCCAGGACCGUCGCCAAGCAACACAGCCACGGCUCGAUCUCCAAGACGAGCAACCCCACGCCGAAACCCUUCUUGAAUAGCGCGAUCAUCUCGUCGCCGUCGUACGUGGGGUCGCUGUCGGAGAGCGCCUACGCCAUGGACGAGGAGGGGGACUCGAGCGGCAACUUCGCCGCCGAUCAGGUGAAGAAGAUGGCGAGCAAACCGAACAAAAUCGUGGCUAGAAAGACGGACAACAAGAUGUCGACGAAGCUGAACGCCAGGGCGCUGAAACUGAAGACCAACAGCAAGUCGAAGCUGCGCAACAACGCCGGCGCCAAGAACUACAUGGAGAUGAUGAACGCCGUGAAGAAGAAGCUGCCGAAGCUCGAGUCGAAUAAGGAGUUGUUGUCCAACGAUAAUAAAUUCGAAUGGUCCGACGAGGUGGAGGAGUCGAAGAGCGCGCACCAGGUGAAGUUCCCUAAGGAGACGCGAUGCGCCGUUGAGAGGAUGAUGGAGAACGCUAAACUCGCUGGGAGCGAUAGCACCAGGACGCCUUUGACCAAGUACAUGAAGCCGAAGGAGAUGAGCAUCAAGCCGGCCAUUUCGUUCAAUCAGAAGGAGCUCACCGCUAGCAAGAUGGCGUUCGCGAAGAACAAUUCGCCGUACACGGUGAAGAUGGAGGCGUCGCCGAUGUCCAGGGAGAGCGGAGCCGUCGGGGACCACGCUGUGUCCGGGGCGAACGCCGGAAAGGUGAACAUGACCAACUUCGAU